AUGCCCGAAGGUUUGGGACCACCGCUUUUGCCUGCAAACUCAAUUAAUGAUUGGUUGAUGAUAGAUACCCAGGAGCCUAACAAGCACAAGGAAAAUUUGCUAGAAAAAAUCCUCGACCACCACCAUCAUAAAAAUGGGAAGGAGGACCAGGCCAAUGACAAGUCCCCGCACGAGGGUGGGCUACGCUCCGAGUUGAAGAAGGACGAAGCUGGCUUCAAGAAAUACAUCCAGGAGGACGAGAAACUGGAAGAAGAGGGCAGGACCUACGGAGGUCUGAUGUAG